UUGGACCGUCAUUGUGGGAGACGCAGCUUCCCCUGUGUGAAAGACGUGUGCGACCGAACAUGUGGCAGAGACGAAGACACAAAGAUAAAUAACAGGACUGUUAUGGAGGUUUGAGCAAUGCUUUCAGGGCUUUGGUGAACUGGAGAAAGACUCCAUUCACCGUGAAUGCCUGAUCUGCACCGUCACCAUCAGCUUGAAACAACAGACUGAGGGUGAGUCGGGAAAAGCUGUGGCAACUGGCGUGAACACAUUUAAUCAGAAUCUCCUGCAGGUGACACCAACUUUACAGCCCUCACUGCAAAACUGCUGUGCAGGUUCAGAACCACAUCUUUAUGAGCAAGUUUCCUCUGUAGUGAGUGUAAAACAAAGCUGCACUGAAGUCUCACACAGCCACUUGAUUCACAUUCUGAAGUUGGCUCCACUCAGGAUGUGACGCCUGUUAUUGAUGCGCUGGUGAAAGCUGAAGGCCAGGUAUCAGUCGAAUCACUGUAAAGAGCUGCACGAGAUGUGAGACUAUGAGUCACUGAGGCGUUGUGUGUUUGUGUUCUUUGUCCUCAGAAUUUUCAAAUAACUUGAGGUACUUUAUGAUUAAUAGUGAAGUUUGCAUUAUUUUGGACACACUGUCCUCAGGCUCCAGCUUUAUUUUUUAUGUGGAUCAUAUUAAAACAAAGAAAACAAUCUAAAGUUUUUGAUAUUUUCCAUUAUUUUACCAGUCUGACCCACUUGGCAAUAGAUGUUCCUUCCAUGGAAGGUUUGACCUGGAGGAAUGUUGUCCCCAUGUCUUUUCUUUCCUACCUACCUUUUGGUCUUUGUCCAGUAAAAUAUUGUUACAUACUGUGUUUUAAUGGUAGAUAAACCAGACUGGAAGGAGAACCAUAGCUUCCCUUCAGAUACUUCUUCUUUCUGUUUAAGUGUCGAUAAACCAGCAGCCAAUGGGGUUGUGGUGAUAACUUGUCAUAAUGUAAUUGGUGGCUCAGCAGGACAGAAUAAUAUAAAAAUGAGCCAAACCUUCAGCAGAGCAGAGACUGGAAGGACUCUGAGAACCAUGGCUUCUCUUCAGAUACUUCUUCUCCUGUGUAUCACUGUUUCAGUGAGCGCAGCUGGACAUCUGCAGAAAAGAAUCUACGGAGGUAGACACUGCUCCCCAUCUGAGCGUCGGUACCAUGUCAGACUAAGACCAUAUGAUGGUAAAGGUUAUUAUACCUGUGGUGGCUCUCUGAUCAGUGAUCGGUGGAUUCUGACUGCAGCUCACUGCUGGAAUACAGCAUGGACUUCUGGUGCUAUGAAUGUGAUUGUAGGAGUUCAUCCAGGUAACAAUAAGAAGGAAAUGGAAAUAAAUCAAGCCGACAUAUUCCCUUUUAAAGACACAAACAAUAAUGUUAAUGACAUCAUGUUACUGCGGCUGCCUGAGAAAAUCACAGGCAUCAAACCCAUACAGCUUCCUAAGUGCUCUGCCAAAUAUGAGCCUAACGUAAAUGACUUGGUUGAAGUAGCAGGGUAUGGCAAUUGUCAAUUAAACGCAACGUAUCAUGAAGUGAACAGUGAACCAGAUCAACUACAGUGUGCGGAGAUGAAAGUUGAGGACUGUAAGAAAGAUCAAGCAUCAAUACAGUCAUGUAUGCCAAAUGAGCCAUAUGGAAACUGGCUUUGUGCAGAACCCCAUGCAGGGGAAACGUGUGGAGGCGACUCUGGUGGUGGACUGGUGUUCAAUAACAGGAUACACGCUGUUGUCUCAAAUGGCCCUGACUGUCAUGAUAAUUCUGAGACACAUGCGUUCUUGAAGGUCUGUCCUUACAUGAAAUGGAUCAAAGACACCCUCAAUGAAAAAAAAUGGUGGAUGAAGAUAAGAAAAUUCUGGAAAGGAAUUCGAAAUAGAAUGGGUUAAUAUAGCAAAAAACAAUUUCGCUUAGUGAACCAAAUGUAAACAGGAUGAAGCAACAUGAUACAGUAUAUUGGUGUUAAUGUUACCUAAUGUCCAUGGUUCAGUUUUAUGAUUGAUCGAACAUGAUUUUCUUGGGUUAUUUGAACAUGUAUGAUAUUAAUGUUUGUUACCUAAUGUUAUAGGGUAGUAACAACAAGUUAAUAAAUUUAAAUAAUUAAAAUAAUAAAUUAUGCUAUAUUACCACAACCAAUGUAAAGUUAUAAAAUGUUUUGUGCCAAGAUUGACUUUUCAAAAUUACAUACAAAUAAAGUCAUCUUUGAAACAGCAUUUCUAUUAUGCAAACUAACAUAUAUCCCCAGCUGGUGUGUGGGUUGGAGAAGACACAAAGCACAUUGGAUUUAGACUGGUUAGAAUACUUUAUAAGCUUCAUAAAAACGAUAAAACAGCUUUCAAAUGUCAAAGGCAGCUACAAAAUGUCACUAAGAUCCAGUAUUGUACAUACAGCAUUCGGCCAAUAUUUCAAACAACUUUUAGUGGAGGGUAGCUGAGGUUGAGAGCAUAUACAAGAGCAAACAACCUCACCACAGCAGGUGGGACACGACCCAACUCAUCCAGGCCUUGAAACGAUGACUACAUCUUCAGGGUCAUCAUCUGCCUCUGCAUCUUUGUGAAUGACAAGCAUUGUCUCCAUAAUGGCUUCUUCAUGGCAUCCAC